AACGUAAAAGCAGGCAGUUACGUAAAAACAACACUAGAGGUCGGUAUAGUGCAUCAACACCUCUCAGCAGCGACGUCAACGGUGUGAAUAUUUUUUGUUUUCUAAGUGAAUAAUGUUGUUUUCUAGCCUUUGAUAAGUUAAAUUACUAUUUACAAAGUUACUAUAAGUGUUUAUCUUCAAUCAAGUGUUAAUAUUUUCCUAGAAAGUUGAAAGUUUAGUGUUUGAAGUUGUAACGAACUCUGGGAUCACUCACUUUUGGGAAUUCAGGUGUCAACGAGGAUGGUACUCCCUUCAUAUUCGGCGCCGUUUAGCUAAGAUUAAGGUGGUAUCUCGCCAUGCAGCGCGCGGGUGGGAGCAGGGCCUGUGCGCCAUGAGCCACACUCCUAUAGGCGGCCACCCGCAAGGUUGGGAUCACAAGCUUGCUGACCGGUCGUCGCUGCCGCCGGCUUCCAGCUCCGGGCAGUCGGCGCGCUCGCUCGCCUCGCCGCCCUACAUGCGCUGGGCGCGCUCCCUGCACGACCUGCUCGAGGUAACACACACACACACACACACACACAGCUCCGGGCAGUCGGCGCGCUCGCUCGCCUCGCCGCCCUACAUGCGCUGGGCGCGCUCCCUGCACGACCUGCUCGAGGACGCAGAGGGCGUGCGGCUGUUCCGCAAGUUCGUGGGCGGCGCCGGCGCGCUGCACGUGGACCGGCUCAACUUCCACUUCGCCGUGCAGGGCCUGCGCCAGGAGACCGAGCAGGCCAAGAUCCGGCAGGUCGUCUCCGCCAUAUACAAGUUCCUCCGCAAGUCGGCGCUGGCGAUGCCGGAGGAGCUGAAGGCGCGCGUGAAGGCGGCGCUGCGCGACGGCGCGCCGCUCGAGAAGACCGUUUUCGACCGCAUGGAGCAGGAGGUGACGCGAGCUAUAACGGAGUCCACCUACCAAGCGUUCCUGCUGAGCGAAGCGUAUGUGUCGUACGUGUCGGCCGCCACGCAGCCCCUAUCGUCGCCCGACGCCUCGCCGCCCGCGCCUAGAGAGGUGAACCUAGGUCUCGCCACGCUGCACGAGGGGCAGGAGUUAGGAGCGGGAGCGACGGCGGGAGCGGGCGCGGUGCCCGCGCGGCUCACGCACGACGCGCUGCUCGCCACGCAAGCGCGCCGUCUGCACCACGACCAUGCGCCUAAGCACCGCACGAAGUCGGUAUAUAGCGCGCACGUCACCUACGCGGGCUACACGCCGGCGUCGCGGCAGGACUCCGAGCGGGCCAGCCUCAGCAGCGGCCGCACGGACAGCGAUGUCGUCUCGCUCUCCGGGAGCAGCGUGGACGGGUUGUCGGUGCGGGGGACCCGCGAGCGGGCGCGGCGGCCGCGGCUGCCCGGCCUCGACCGGAACGCGGUCAUUAACAAGGAGCAGGACACUGCCAUGGUGAUCCCGCGAACGCAGCGGAUGUCAGCGGAGGCGCUGCGCGUAUUACCUCCCGCCGAGUUCGCUCCUCUCCUCAUAGAGAAACUGGAGCGGGUGCAGCGCGACCAGGUGCUGAAGGAACGGCUUGAGCGACGCCUACAAGAGGGUGACGGAGAGGACGCGUCGACGCAAGCGCUGCCUCCGCAGCUGGUGGCGGCGGCCAUUCGCGAGAAGCUGCAGCUGGACGACGAUAACGAUCAGGAUAUCCUCGACCAGCACGUGUCCCGCGUGUGGUCGGAGCGCACGCCGGGCGCGUCGCCGCCGGGCGGGCGCCGCGCGCGCCGCGCUCCUCACGCGCACGCGCCGCACGCGCGCCGCGCGCCCUCCGCGCUCUCCGCCGACUCGGGACACUGCGACGCCAGCGAGCGCGCGCACCCGCCGCUCUCCCACUCCAGUUCCCUCCGCAGAUCGUUCUCGAAGAAGACGGUGACAGAGCUGACGGACAGCGGCGUGUCCGUGGUGAGCGACGGCGCCAGCGCGGGCGGGCGCGUGCUGCAGUGGAUGGCGGAGGGCGAGCGCAGCCGCCGCGACAAGGAGCACUCGCGCGCCUCCUCCGCCGAGCGCGACGAGCCGCGCCGUCCGCGCGCGGGGCUGAAGCCGCGGUCAGUUGGUACCGGCAGCGGGCGCAGCGGCACGGGCGGCAGCGGCAGCGAGGGAAGCGGCGAGCACACGGUGGUGGUGGUGUCCUUCCUGGACGAGGCGGUGCCGUACCGCUUCAAGGUGCCGCAGGUGCCGCUCACGCUGCGCACCUUCAAGGACUUCCUGCCGAGGAAGGGCAACUACAGAUACUUCUUCAAGACGGAGUGCGCCGACCUGGACAACACUGUGAUCCAGGAAGAGGUUAGCAACGAUGCCGACACGCUGCCCAUGUUCGAGGGCAAGGUCAUGGCGCGCGUCAAGGCCGUCGAGUGAACGCACGCUUUGUUCGACGUGCACGCUACGCGCAGCGAGUUCGUGCACGAGUGUUCUGUAAGGUGGAGUCUGGACCGCAUAUAGUCAGAUAAUGUUAUAAGGGCCACUUGCACCAACGAACAUGGACGGUUAACCCACCAUUUUAUAUGGAAUUUACUACUAACCCUGAGUUAAGUGGUGCAAGUGGGCCUAAGACUUAUAAGUUGCCUUAUUGCGUGCUUUUAUAAACCCGUACAGCCUGUAAUGUAAUUCCGUAUUACCUAGCUUGCCCUUGUUAAAAAUGUGGAAAAGUUUGAUAUGAAAAUUUAUUUUUAUAUUUUAAUAACAAUAUACAUUCAGCUUCGAAUCAGUUCUUAUGAAGGUUUAUUCUAUCUAGUGUAUCAUUCAAUCUUGUAAUGCAGUCGUUAGCUAGGCCAUAUUGAAGAAACACGUACAUUUUGAUAAUGUUUGUCAAAAAUAAGGUCACAAAUUUAUUAACAGUGCAUCAAUCAAUCUACUACUUUAGUCGCUAAAAUGGAUCUAACAACAUUUGAGACAUUUUAAAUCGAAAUUGAUUUAAUCGUAUGUCACGAAUAUAGCAAAUAACAAGUUUUAUAGAAUACAACCAGUCGACAAGAAUACUAAUCUAAAAGCUAUAGGUCAACAUGUAAACAAUUGAGCCACUCUGCUGCAUCUGGUGGCUGGUUUGUAUCGAAAUAAGGCAACUUGUAUAGUUUAGUCAUCAAAGUUGAUUAAAAAAAGAGUCAUGCACAAUCUCAUACUUGUGAUAGAUGUAUGAACAUCUGACGAAUUAUGAAAUUUAUAAAUGAAUAUGAGCAGGUUAUCACUAUCGUAUCGAUACUGAUUAUUCGUUGUGCUAAAUAUAUUUAGUAAAUUAUUGUGUAUCGAAUGAAACGGUUCAAAACCAAAAUCAAUUGUUUUGCCAAUGUGUACGUGUAUGGACGUUUACUAUUAUCAUCGAAUAGUUUUAUUGACGACUCACACUUGUCUUGACAGUGCGGAGCUAGAAUGUUUAAAAUUAUUUAUUUUAUAGAAAUCAGUGAUAAGUACAAUCGCUAUAUACGCGACAUCUUUAUUUGGUUCCUCAAAUGUUGAAAUUCGAACACAGUGAUAGUGAUUAUUUGUAAUGUUUCAUUUUAUUUGGAACAUAUAAACAUUCCUUAAUGUUGCGAUGUCUAAAUAUUAUGAAAAAUACAAAUUAGAUAACCUAAAACUCAGUGAGUGUGGUUGAAUUUCAUCGACGAUUUUGAUGAGGUCUUGAUGGCGUCAGCAAACUCGUCCUUCUCAAGGUUCCUUUGACAGUGUCAUGGUACGUUGAUCGCGUAGUUUUAUUAUUUUUACACGGAGCUAGUUCAGUACGCUUGUACAAUAUAUUUUAAGGCCGCUCGGUAAGCCACGUUUUAUUAUUAAUUCUUAUAUCGGCUGUCUGGACACUAGGCUAAAUGAUCAGUAUUUAUAUUAAGAUAAAUGAGUGGGUCAAUUCUUUUUGUUGAUAUUUUGUCCCAGGCGAUAAUGAUAAAUAGCAUUGUUUAUUCGACAAAUUUACCUAUUACUUUCUUCGAACAUUCUAACAAGUAGAUGUCUUAAGUAUGAAAACAGAUUCAGAUGUAUGGAGAUUAGAUUAUACAUUCCAUAUUCAGAUGUUUAAAUACCAAUACCCAGUUUUAAAUGGGGAUAGUAACCAUGACAACGAUAAAAAAAAGUUGAUUUUACCGAGUACUGUCAUUAUGGGUCUAGUGUCCGACUUGCUCUUGCAGCUUUACACGACCACUGUUGCACGUCUGCACAAAUUAUAAAAAAAAAUCAAUAUCAAUGCAAUCGAAAUACAUUUAAGUGUUAUUUUGCGCUGUCGUGCAACAGAGUCGUGUCAAGCCAAAUCUAGUGUUAUUUGAAUGACUGCUUAGUUUGUAUAUUUUUAAAUUAAUAACUUAGAUAUAGUUACGACGUGUUCUGUUUAAAAUUUAUUACUUCGUUAAAUUGACUUUCGGAAUUUUGAGAUGUUAAUGAAUUACUGUUCAAGGAGGAGACACUAGUUCUAGUAAAACAUGUAUACUCCAAUUGCUAAUUCGAGUCCAAAAAAACUACGACAGAUACGUCAAUGUCACAGCUGUCAAUGUCACUUAUGUCACUGUCAA